AUGGCCGCCGCCCAGAUGGUUCUUCCACCCAUCCAAUCCCCACCUCCGCUUGAGAUCCCCGCACUCGACCUUGGCGCCCCCGCGCACAGUCCUGACAUCUCUAGAGAACCUACACCCCGCCCUCCACGACAACAACCACCCAAGUUCAUCAAGGUACGGCUGCUAACAUGGAACAUGCACGACUCCCUACCCAAGGGCGAUGUCGAGGAACUCCUCGGUUCUGUUUCACUAUCCAAUCCCGCCAUUUCUUCUCCAGAGUGUUCGGAGGCGUCCGCUUUGCCUGCCUUCCCUCUUGAUGCAGCUCAUCCAUACCAUGUUGUGAUUGUUGCAGGUCAGGAGUGUCCAAGCGCGUCGGGCAUCCCCAUGGCCCUUGGCGCAGGAUUCAAGCUCAACAAGGAGAAAGACAUAUCUCGUUCAAGACACUCCCUCCUCCCUGUCGAUGCUGAUGAAUCUAUGCAUCGCAAGAGCGCGGAAGCAGACCUCAUGUCUCCAACCGACAAGUCGUAUGAGCACCAUCACCCUCCUUCCAGCUGGUCCUCCGUUCUCGAGAACUGGUAUAGCCACUCGCCAGCUGCAAGUCUUAACGGUGCUGUCGCGUCCGAUCUGAACCUGAAGACUUCACACGAAGUCCAGCGAAUGGGACCCUACGAGCUUCUCACCAAGGAGCGUAUGAUGGGUCUUUACCUCGCAGUCUUUAUCCACCGAGAUGCGAAGCCGCUCGUCCAAGGUACCUCCAGAUCUGCAGUGACCACAGGGCUCAUCGGCGGCCGUGUAGGCAACAAGGGCGGCGUCGGUGUGAGUGUGAAACUGGCCGGAACAACCUUGCUCUUCAUCAACGCUCACCUUGCAGCGCACGAGGGACGUGUGCAUCACCGGCUCGCAGACUUCGCUAAGAUCAAGGCUGAGUUGUCGGUUGACGACUUUCUUCCCCCGGACGAUCCACGCAUUAUGGCUGAAGAUAUCACCGACCGAUUCGAUUUCAGUUUUGUCUUCGGGGAUCUUAACUUUAGGCUCGACAUUACUCGCUUACACGCUGACUGGCUCAUCUCCCGGAAAGACUACGAGCAAGCCCUCGAGUUCGACCAACUACGUCAAGUGAUGGCACACAGCAACUGGUUUGCCGGCUUCAACGAAGCGGCCAUUCGGUUCCCGCCCACAUUCAAGUACGACGUCUACAAACGCUCACGACACCUGUCCUUCAAACGACCGUCCCCAAAACCUCUUACUAGUGGUCUGCGGCACGACAAGUUGCUGUCGGAAGUCGCUGAGCAGGAGCAUGAAGGCACAACUAUGCCCGAAGACCACGCGUCCCAGCACGGCGAGGUCGACGACGAGAUGGAGUAUGACGGCGAGGCUGCCUCUGUGGUCUCUUCGGCAUGGACAUCCGUUCGAUCUCGCCAUACUGACUUCGAUCAGGACGACGAGUUGGACAGCUCUCCGCCUUCCGCUGGCGGCUUCGGGCAGUCACCACCCGCCAGCGCGAGCACGUCAAACUUGCUGGUACACAAGAUGUGGUCUGCAGCUGCUGCGCACAAGGCAAAGCAGAAGUGGGUUGCUCUUUGGACCGCUUCGGGCAGUCCGACAUCUCAGAGGCAUGGACAUGCGCAGUCUGGAGAGGGGCAGAGGCAGAAGAAGCGCGGCAAGUGGAGGCAGAGCUGGGCGUCAGCUAAGUCACCGCCGCCGUCGCGACGGGAGAGCGAGAACACGACGGAGGAGGUGCCGACACCGUCGCCUACGACGGCCGUGGACCCGGCGGACCCGAGACAGACGAGGGCAGGCAGGAAUAAGGAGUUCCAGGCAGCGCUACUUGAUGCAGCGAAUGCUCGACCACAUAAGCAUCUCGCGCUCAGCGAGAACAACGUGGACCUGGAGGAGGAAGAGGAGAAGGGGGUGUACGAUUCCUCGCACAAGCAGAGGGUGCCGAGCUGGUGCGAUCGAAUACUGUGGAAGACGACAAUCAGGCCCGACCCCGAGUCCGACACUGAGGACGGCGAGUCUCAGCGGUUCAUGCCAUUCCGUGCGAAGAUGGGCCAGAUCUUCCAUGCUUUCCGACCAUCGUCCGUUCGAGCUCGCAGAGAUUCGACAUGGUCGAUGCACCAUCCGGAGAUAGGGCAGCACCCUGCGAGUGCGGGCGACCAAGUCUCCCACCAUCUUCAACCACAACAGAUUCCGAGCCGUCCUAGCCUUGACAUCCGGCAAGCCUCCGCAACCUCCGUUCCCUCACCCACUCGUCAGAAAGGCAACCCGUUACGAAGGAUAACCCAAGUUCGGUCGGUCGACUCCUUCCCGAAAGCUUCCGGGGAACACUCCCUGGCUCGCGCGCUAUCGCACGACGCAGUGCCGGUUUCCGGAAGUGGGGCUAGCGGGGUGCCUAUGCGACAUGCGAACACCAUCUCGCCGGUACUCAACGUUGGAGGUAUCCUCGGGACUGCGUCCGGAUCCCCUGCCGCUGGCGAGGAGAGCCCGACCGAACUGGUACCAGCACCGAACUCCGCACCGUCGUCAGGCCCGCCCGUCUUCCGUUGGCUCCUACCGUUCUUGUAUCGAGACGGACAGCAGGCUGUCGCAACGCCAUCUGUGGAGUCGCCUGGGACGCCGAGACCACCGCCGCCGCUCCCCAAACGGGGAGACGUCGUGUGUCUGAAGUACGACACGCUGGAUGACCGAGGGAUGCGCAGGCUGGAAGGGCGCAGCGACCAUAGACCGGUCAUAGGGUCUUAUGCGCUGUACAUAUAGAUAGACUACUUUACUCGGCUUGCUAGUAUAUGCGAGCUGGACAGGAUCCUCUGGCAGUAUAUACCUCACACACACAUUCCUUUCGCUAGCUCUUACCGUAACGUUCGCGGACGUUUGUAUUGAUUAAUUUUAUACCUUGUUGGUCGAGUAGCGUAGCCAUCGUACCGUGCUCCAGUACCUCCAUUGUAGAUAC